CGACAAGAGACGCACGCAUUGUUUAUGGCCAAGUGUUUGGUUAGGCUUCUUUCCUUUGACUUUUAGUCAAAACCUAAAAAGAUAUUUAUUUCUUGUAAGAAAGAGAAAAUUCGUUGCCGUCGGAAAAGAAAAGUCACCGGCUUCGUCGCUCUCGAAUUUCGUGGUAUCCAUUGCUAAAAGUAUAUCCCUUUGUCUCCUCUCUCAACUCUCUAGAAAACUCCGCCGAGUCCAAAACUCACCGAAAAAAAUGACUCUCCGGCGAGGAGGAUCCGUCACCGUUACUCUCUUCCUCUACUUACUAAUCUCCUCCCACUCUCUCGAUCUCAACCACUUCCCCAAAAAAAAACACAAGAUCGAAGGACCAAUCAAGACCAUAGUCGUCAUAGUCAUGGAGAAUCGCUCCUUCGACCACAUCCUCGGCUGGCUCAAACAAACCCGACCCGAAAUCGACGGAUUAACCGGAACAGAGUCAAACCCCCUCAACGUCUCCGAUCCAAACUCCCAAAAAAUCUACGUCUCAAACGACGCCGUUUUCGUCGACAUGGAUCCAGGCCACUCGUUCCAAGCCAUCCGUGAACAGAUAUUCGGAUCCAACGACACAUCCGGCGACCCGAAAAUGAACGGGUUCGCUCAGGAAGCCGAGAGCAUGGAGCCAGGGAUGGCUAAAAACGUCAUGAGCGGGUUUAAACCGGAAGUUUUACCGGUUUACACAGAGUUAGCUAACCAAUUCGGUAUAUUCGACCGUUGGUUCGCUUCGGUUCCAACUUCCACUCAACCGAACCGGUUCUACGUCCACUCAGCUACUUCCCACGGAUGCUCAAGCAACGUCAAAAAGGAUCUCAUCAGAGGCUUUCCUCAGAAAACAAUCUUUGACUCGUUAGAAGAGAACGGACUCAGCUUCGGGAUAUAUUACCAAAAUAUCCCCGCAACGUUCUUCUUUAAAUCUCUCCGGAGGAUUAAACAUUUGUUGAAGUUUCAUAGCUACGCGCUUAAGUUCAAGCUCCACGCGAAGCUAGGGAAGCUUCCUAACUAUUCUGUUAUCGAGCAGAGGUAUUUCGAUAUUGAUCUUUUUCCGGCGAAUGAUGAUCAUCCGUCGCAUGACGUGGCGGCGGGGCAGAGGUUUGUUAAGGAAGUGUACGAGACGUUGAGGAGUAGUCCUCAGUGGGAAGAGAUGGCUUUGGUUAUUACUUAUGAUGAACACGGUGGGUUUUAUGAUCAUGUUCCUACUCCGGUUAAAGGUGUACCGAAUCCUGAUGGGAUUAUUGGACCGGACCCGUUUUAUUUCGGGUUUGAUCGGUUGGGUGUGAGGGUUCCUACUUUUGUUAUCUCUCCUUGGAUUGAGAAGGGUACUGUGAUACAUGAACCUGAUGGUCCUACACCAAGUUCACAGUUUGAGCAUUCUUCUAUACCAGCAACUGUGAAGAAACUCUUUAAUCUGAAGUCUCAUUUCCUUACCAAGAGAGAUGCAUGGGCUGGUACAUUUGAGAAAUACUUUCGUAUCCGAGACUCUCCUCGCAAAGAUUGUCCAGAGAAACUAGCAGAAGUUGAAAGAUCACUAAGGCCAUGGGGAGCAAAAGAAGACUCAAAGCUUUCAGAAUUUCAGGUUGAGCUGAUCCAGCUCGCUUCUCAACUCGUUGGAGAUCAUCUCCUAAACUCUUAUCCAGACAUUGGGAAAAACAUGACAGUAAAAGAAGGAAACAAAUACGCAGAGGAUGCUGUUCAGAAGUUUUUAGAGGCUGGGAAGGCUGCACUGGAAGCAGGAGCAGACGAAAACACUAUAGUCACUAUGAGGCCGUCUCUGACUACCAGGACCAGUCCCAGUGAUGGUACCAACAAGCAUAUUGGAAGCUAUUGAAAAAUCAAUAAAUAAAGUAAUGAAUGAUAUGUAAAUACAUGUGGCCACCACCUCUCUGUUCCCACUUACUUUAGAUGCAUUAUGAUGUGGAAAAGUAUAUACUUCGUAUGUAAUGUGAUGGUCCUAAUGGAUCAAAGGACUUGGUAACGUUAUGUUGCUCCUGACCUCCAUCUCCUUAGUAGGAAUAAGAUGGAGAGUUCUUGUAUAAUACUAAUACAUAUACUAAUCCAAGAUUAGAUUAAAAAAAC